AUGAAUAUAUUAAUAUCAUCUAAAACAUGUUUUAUUAGAAAUUCUAUGUUAAAAUAUAAGAAUGAAUCUCCUGUUUACCAAAAAUGUCCUAAUCCACAACUACAACAACCUCCACAACAACUUCGACGACAACAAGAAUUUAAACAACUUCAACAGCAACAAUUUCGACAACAACAACUUCAACAACUACGACAACUUCAACAACUACAACGAUAUCAACAAAAACAACAAUAUCAACAACAACAACGACUUCAACAACAACGACUUCAACAGCGACAACAAUUUCGACAACAACAACUUCAACAGCGACAACAACAACUUCAAAAACAACAACAACGACUUCGACAACUUCGACAAUUACAACUACAACAAUCCUAG